AUGAAAAUACCAAACUUAAAAUCAUCUGAUAAAGUUUUAGAUAAUGUAACUGAAGAAGUCUCGGAGAUAUCUCAAUGUCAGAUGGAUGAUUCUGAAAAAAUCAGAAUUGGACACAAGCCUGAUUUUCAUGUGAAAUCUUCACUGAUUGUCAGUGAAGUGGAAAUCUGUCUUAUGGAGGUCUCAUGUGUUCUUCCAACUGAUAAAAAGAUCUGGAGGGUUGGAGACGUAAAGAAAAUAGAAGAAGAUCUUAACAGGAUGCCAGUUUUUGGUAUCCAAGUUGCUGAAGAAACCAUGGCAUGUUGGGUUAUGACUAUGCCAUUUGGAGCCUUUUACUUUGUUCAACGUCUUGGUUCAGUGCAAAUUCCUAUGAAUCGAGACCAAUCUUCACUUGCCAGAUUUAUGGAUGAAUUAUGGAAAUUAAGGAUAAGGCUAUUGAAUGCGGAAAAAAAAGUCAAUGCGUUCUUAUAUAACAUAGCUUUUUGUUUAUCACAAGCUCAAGAAGAUGUGUCCCUUUACGAUGGUUUCCACCCAAUAAUAGUGCAAGAAAAGAAACUUCGCAAACUUGCAAAAAAGUGUGGAACGGUUCCUGAGAAUCUCCCUACAAUUCUUCAAAAUCCAGAUAUUGUCACUCUUAUUCUCAAAUAUUUAAAAGGCAAAGAUACCGAUGACGAAAUGCCCGCACUUUUGUUCGAUUGGAAUCAGGCCGGCUUCAAUGACACCAACGUUCCAAAUUGCCGUAACGGUGUUGCAGGACAGACCCAAGGGGCUAUAAUCGCAAACCUCCUUGCAAACGGAGCAACCGAUUUUAUGAAUCUGAACAUACUAUUCGUUUUUCAAAAUGGUCAAGCAAUUGGAACUUGGCACAAGAAUGUCGCUGUGAAUUUGCCUUGGGUGAAACAUCAAGCUGGUGUUCCAGAUAUCUGUAACAACCUCUUAAGACUUAAUAAGAUUACGGUCCACACAGCCAAUGUAGAUAUCGAGGAUUUUUCAGCCCAGAUACUUCUUAACGAGGAACCUAUGGUUGAAUAUCGACCAUCUUUUAUGGAAGGAUUAGAACUUGAUGCCUUCUUCCGAAGUAAUAGAAUUGCAUUAGAGGUUCAAGGAGCUCAACAUCGGCUUCAUAACACCAGCUGGUAUAAAGAUGUUAAAAAACUCGAGGAUAUUGUUAACCGUGAUCGAAAAAAAAGAACCUUGUGUCAACUUAACGGGAUUUAUCUUCUUGAGGUAUGGUAUGAUGAGAAUCCAGAAGUCACUAUUCCUAAGAAGAUAUAUAAAUUUAGGGAGUUUAUUGAUAGAAAAAUCUUCAAUCUUGAUUAA